AUGAAGGGUCUGACGGUGAACGACAUGUGCCAGUGUGGCUUCUUGACUUACUUCCUCAUCUUCUCACUCACUUCUGUCAGCACGGCGGUCAGCUUCGACCUCACUGAGCUGAGGAACAAAGUGGCCAAAAUCAAUGUGCAUCCAAGAGGGAACCUUUGGGCGACAGGGCAUUUCAUGGGCAAAAAGAGUGUGAUGGACACGCCCUUGCUUUCAUCCGCUGAGGACCAGGAGUUGGGGGCCUUGGAGGACUCCCAACCGCAGGGGCCCACUGGCCUCAAGAAGCUUUUCCAGGACUUCCUGCGUGUGGCCAUACAAGCACAGAUGGACUCUCAAGAGAGCCACUUAAAAUCUCAGGAAGCUGAGAUGCUGAUGAGGAUUUUGGAGAUUUACAAACAAAGAAAAUGA